GGAGAUGUGUUGAAGUUUAGUACAGCCCUCAGUGUGCCAGACCACACAUGUCCUUCCGUACUCCAACGUAGCCGCGUGAGCCGGCUCGGCAGAUCUACAUGCGACGUCCACCUUGUAAAAGUUAUCUUGCACUAGUUUCGAAGGUACUUUCCCGCUAAAGUACGGAUCAAAUUCUUGGACGGAAGGAAGGCUGCGAGGGACUGUGGGUAUCACCGUGACUGUGGGUAUCACCGUGACAAUCGAGAAAGGGAGAUCGAUUAGCUCUCUCUCCAAAAACAACGCUACGGUUUCAUCUCCACAGGAGCUGAAGUGGUACCAACCUAGAAUCGCAGUACGCAGAGAACACAUUCUGGUUCUGGACAUUCAUCAACCUUUCCGCAGCACAUGAAGACAUUUCAGAAGUGGUGAGGAACUCCAGACUGAUUUACAGGAAGCUAGCCGCGGAGCAUUGGAGUCAUGUCGACGGGCACGGCCAGCGACGUCGACCCGGAGGAGUGUAUGGACGUGGAGACGGUCGAGGUGGACUCUGGAAACGAGAGCGUUGAAACCGAAAGCUCGACCCAGGAAGGUUCCCACGACUCUCAGGAACCCGAAGGAGCCGGAUCCUCCAAGAAAGGCCGGCGGCGGAAGCGAGGAGGCAAGCGGGGGAAGGAGGAACAGCCGCCGAAGGUGCGGACAGCGGCGAACCUACGGGAACGGACGCGGAUGCGCGUCUUGAGUAAGGCGUUCGUCCGGCUAAAGACCACGUUGCCGUGGGUUCCUGCCGACACCAAGCUGUCCAAGCUGGACACACUGCGACUCGCCUCCUCGUACAUAGGACAUCUCAGCAAAGUCUUACAGGACGAUAAAGUGGAAGACACAGCUUUCCAUCCUGUCAGUUUGACGUGGCCGUUCGCGAUCAACGCCAAACUGCAGGACCCCACGUCUCCGGACCCGGAGAUGGGCGCGCUCGGGCCGCCGCAAACCGUGGACUCAAGAACUGAGGUCGCUUCUGUCUCAUCUUGAAGUGAAAAUUGUUUGAAUAAAAAAAACUCAUAUAGAACUUGAGACAUUUGGGAGACAGACGACCGAGCAGUGUGACUGUUAUCAAGAAGCAAGAUUGGGAAGAAUUCUCCGUGAACACCCUUGCACCAGAGGAACAGCAGAGGGUUUGUCUUGUAUAGGACUGAACAGAUAUUACCGUCAUUCAAUUCAGACUGGCUCUCUUCUGACUUUUUGAUGUGUGAAGAAAUUAUCCCCGCCCUACUUCAGCGUAUUCCGUCCAGGAACAAGGAAAUUGUGAGUUUUUUUGCUAUGUAGAAUUAUAUCCAGUGUACACGAGACGAAGGGAUCAGUAACAAUGUUAGGGUAUCGUGGGCAUUUCCAUCGUUGUAUAUAGUGAACGUUCGUAUCUUCGGUUUAGUAUAUAGCUAAAUUGUCAGGCCAGACCUAUAUCUUAUCUACAUGUACGUACAGAACCUUAUUCAGAACAAUGUCAGUCUUGUUUCCAAGUGCUAUACUAAAGUAGUCUCUGCACUUUCUCGGAUGUUAAGAAAUAACCGUGUUUGUUUUUCUUGGCCCUGCACUCUGUAAGGUUGGUAAUCUACAGGGUAUCGCAUUGCUGAAUAAAAAAAUCGUGCCGUCAGAAACAACAACAAGUGAGAUAUUGAUUGAAAAUGGAAAUAUGCUGUCACUGAUUGCCAGGAUUAUUUGUUUGUACAGAAUAUUCAAUUA